AUGACAGUUGUCCUAUGGAUAGUUGUUGUGGAGCAGUUGCCAUUGUCGUGUGUGUAUCAAAUUGAACCGUUCUCGUUUCAGGCAGCGAACAUGCUCGCACUCAUUGUACUCAUAUUCAUGUUUCUUUGGUUUCCAUACCAACUCUAUUUCUCCGUAUUGUACAAUUAUUUGGGUGCGAGUUUUGAUCGAAAAACCUCAUUGUACAUUUAUUUGAAUAUUUAUUGGCUUGGAAUGAGCUCGACGGUUUUCAAUCCGAUUAUUUACUAUUUUAUGAAUGAGCGUUUUCGAUUGGGAUUUCGUUACGCAUUCCGAUGGUUGCCGUGUGUUCACGUGACGCAUCGUGAAUAUUUAGCACUGUUUAGUGCACCCUGUAAUGCACGACCAACGAGAGCCGUAUCGACAAGACGUGUUAAUGCAUCACCUCAGUUCGAACCAUUAGCUCCCAAGCAACUCUGA